AUGCAUUUUAGAUGCGGGCCGUUGAGAGAGAUAGAUGUGAUUGGGGAUUUCGAGUUUUCAUUCAGUAAUACCGCAAGUGGAGGUAUACGUCCGAAUUGGAAUGGUGUAUGGCGCCGAUAUGAUCAACCCGGUAGAAGCCAGUUUUCAAAACCUUUUCCUCAUUUUUGUCUUCCUGGUUUUUUUACCAGUAAGGAGUUUGUGGCUGAUCUACGAUCAGAGUUGAAAAUGGUGCGGUAUGAUCGUAAAGAGAGUGAUCUUUAUUCAUUGAACCAAACAGUUGAUUUGUCGAACUUUGACGCCAUCAAAUUUCCAUCGUUGACAAAAUUCAGGCAAACCGAUGUUCUACACUGGCUACGAAAUGUGUCUGGUGUUGAUCUAAACGCUGAAGUAGCAAUUAGCAGUAGUAAUUAUAAUUACACCGAUUUACUCUUACCACACGAUGAUCAGUGUGAGGGGCGCAAAUUUGCUUUCACACUUUAUUUGACACCGAACUGGAAAGAAACUGAUGGUGGACAGUUGUUGCUGUAUGACUGUGAUGAUAAUAAUAAUCCCAUAUCGGUUGCCCAAAUUAUGAAUCCAACAGAAAACAUGCUAAUAAUAUUCGAAGUAUCACCGCGAUCAUGGCAUAUGGUUACCGAGGUACUUUCACAGAAAGAACGCCUAUCACUACAUGGUUGGUUUCAUCAUACUGCAUGUAACGUUUCUGAUGAACUAAAGUUGUCAUCUCUCGAAGGAAAAUUGAAAUCAUAUAUGAAUGUUACUUACAAGGAAGUGCUGGAGUGGAUUAAUCCUGAGUAUAUCGAUCCCCUGCAACAGUCGAAAAUUCAAUCCAUUUUCGAAGAGAAUUCCGAAAUUAUUUUAUUUGAUUUCAUUCGCGAGAAUAAAUUUGAAUCAGCUCUACAUGAAUUAGACAGCGCAUGUUUCGAAGAUAUUGGACCGCUUAACAAAAGGAAACUGGAACGUUUACAAGAAAAUGCACUAUUAUUAGACAGCAGUCUACUUUCCCUUUUACGCUUAGUGCGAUCCCAGGCAAUGACAUUACUUCUGUCACAAUGGACUGGUCUACCUGUGCAUUAUGUUGAUGAUUGCAGCAAUACGAAAAAGAAAAAAGUUGAUGAAAAUGAAAAAUGUGUUACAUUUUAUGAUGGUAUCGAAUGUUGUUCGUCAGUAUAUCGAAUUGGAAAAAGUUCUUAUACGAUGGUGGACGAUGAAGUUGUUGGUGAAACGGAACAACUUGGCUGCUGUUUGGAUUUUAAUCUCUUUUUAUUUACAAAUGAGUGGGAUGAUGAGCAUGGAGGAUUCGUAAGCUAUUUCACCAGAGAUGAAGAAGAAGAGUUGCUAAGGGUAUCUCCGGUACGAAAUAGCGCUGCUUUAGUAUUUCGUGAACCCGGGGUAUGUCCAUUCGUGAAAUAUGUGAAUUGUAAGGCAGGCGAUAGGCAUUAUUAUAUGAUCAGCUGUUCUUUUUACGGUUUUUCAUUGGAUGAUUCUUCCACUGGAAAUAACGAAGAGAGUGUGGAAAGUAGUUAUCAAGUUGAAGAAGAUGGUAAAGCUGGACCCAGUCAUUGUAGAAAAUUCUGA